CAGUCCACUUCCCACUUGCCGAUGUCCGUAAGUAUACAAACGAAUUAUUGUGAACAAACAGUGAGCACCAUUGCCUCAGUGCGUUCACGUGUGAAUUCAAAAUGUUUGUCAUAUUUGUCGUAGCAGUUGUCUUAAUCGCGCUCAUUGCGGGAGUAUACCAGAAAAAUACUAACGCAAUAUGCACAUCGAAGAAGAGACUAGACGGAAAGACUGUACUGGUCACUGGCGGAACUACUGGUAUGGGCUUGGAAAUAGCGAUAGACAUGGCUUCCAGAGGAGCAAGGACCAUCAUCGCCUGUCCCUUCGAAGACGAAGGUAUCAGAGCCAAGAAACUCAUCAUCGAGAAAUCAGAUAACAAUAACGUCGUCUUCAAACACUUGGACCUCGGUUGCUUGAUGUCUGUGAAAAAUUUUGCUAAAGAUAUUUUAGAGACAGAAGAACGGCUUGACAUCCUCCUGAAUAAUGCUGGUGUGGGUAUCCUGGGAGAUUUCAGCACAAAAGAUGGCUUGAACUUCAUUAUGCAAGUUAAUUAUUUUGGAACGUUCCAACUCACUCUUUUACUACUGCCACUUUUGAAAAAAACGGGCCAGGUUUCAGAACCUAGCAGGAUAGUAAACACAGCAUCUAUAUUGCACUGGAUAGGAGUAAUGGAUUUCGACUGUAUGAAUAAAGUUGGACACUAUUUUAAGGUCAGAAUAUAUGGUAAUAGCAAAUUAUGCGUGGUAUAUUUUACACGUGAAUUGGCGAAGAGAUUACAAGGAUCAAAUGUGGUAGUGAACAGUGUGGAUCCAGGGGCAGUUGGAACGAAAAUCCUGGAGUCGGGUAACAAGAUUUUGGGCAUGUUUUUGCGAUAUUACUUUUUCCUGUUAUUUAAAACUCCUUGGCAGGGUGCACAGACUGCUCUGCACGUAGCAUUGGAUAAGGAUGCUGGAACGUUGAGCGGAAAAUUCUUUAGAAACUGCCAAAUAUCCAGAGCGGCAUGGUGGGCUUACGACGAUAAAGUGGCUAAAAAAUUAUGGGAUGAAUCCUUGAGGUUGGUGAAAUUAAAUGAAAGCGAUGUGGAGGCGUGGUUGAAAAAUUAAGUAGAAAUAUUAUCGUUUAUUCUUAAUGAUUUGCGCUCAGAAUUUUGAUUAAAUGUUCGUUCAUUACAAAGAUGCGUAAAUUAUAAUUUGGUGAAAAUUGACUGGUUUUUAUUAAUUAUAGAAUUUUAUUCCUUGUAAGAUGCCAGCGAAAGAACACUUCGUAAAAUUAAUAAUAAGUACCUACCUAGUUUGUAAAGAUUUAUCACAUUAUAUUUUGUUUCAUUUUUAACCUUAUAAGUCACGGCGAGAGAUAAAAUUGAUUGCUAAUAUUAAGUUUUAUAAAAACAAACAACAUAAUUGAUUGUAAAAACUGCAAUCCGCCUGUCUUCAUGAAAAUAUAUUAUGACAAUAGUAGAUAAUGAAUAUAUUCAAUGUUGAUUAAUUACGUUGUGACAUUAUUUAUACAAUAAUUAUAUUGUAAUUAAUUUCAAAUAAAGUGCAUGCAUGCAUAAGAUAAAAGAUGACAAAUAAACUAUAUAAAAAAUG